UGCGGAGGAAGUGACGUCGCACCAGGAAGUACAGCUCGCCGCUGGCCGACAGCAGUGAACACACAACAGCAACAGAAAGAACCUUAGCAACAGCACUGGCCGGCGUUUUGUGUGGACGCCACCGCAUGGACGUGUGAGGAGCUGGAUGUCCUACAGCCGCUGAACAUGACACCGAGAUGACUCACCGGUGGCUUGGACAUCUGAGACUCCAUAAAAGAUGAGGCUUGCUCAAUUUGUCAGAUUUGUCAUCGCUUGUAAUGAUUGUUACUGUAGAAACAAGCCACACUGACAUGGACAACAAACUAUAGCGAAUCAUGACACUCUUUGCAUCACACUCACUAAAUAACUGAACGGCAUAAAAUCAUUUAGUUAGUUUUGAAUGGCUCUCAGUUAAUAACCAGUGCUGACAAUGUCACUGGGUGAGCAGUCUCAGAAGUGGUUUCCAACCCAUGUCCAAGCCACUGUUCUUCAAGCAAAAGGUUUACAGCCUAAGGGCAAACAUGGCACCAACGAUGGCUACACCAUCAUUCAGCUGGGCAAGGAAAAGUACUCGACGUCAGUGGCAGAGAAGACACUCAGUCCAGUCUGGAAAGAAGAAGCCUCCUUUGAGUUACCUGGUCUGCUUAUGGAGGGCAACCCCGAAGUGUAUGAACUCUGCUUCAUAGUGAUGCAUCGCUCCCUGGUUGGGAUGGACAAGUUUCUGGGUCAGAGGUCCAUCAACCUUAAUGAAAUCUUUGAUAACAAGGAGAGAAAGAAAACUGACUGGUAUUCCCUGCAGUCCAAGCCGGGAAAGAAGAGGAAAGAACGAGGCCGCAUCCAAGUCAGCAUCCAGUUCAUGAGGAACAACAUGACGGCCAGCAUGUUUGACCUCUCCAUGAAGGAAAAGCCACGCUCGCCUUUCUCUAAGCUUAAAGACAAAAUGAAAGGUCGUAAACAUGACAGUGGCUUCGGUGACACGUCUUCAGCCAUCGUGCCUCGCUCUGCCGCAUGUGACUUGGAGCCCAGCCAUCAGUCGUCUGGUCCAGACCCACAAACCAAGCCUGAAACAAAGGUCAAGAGACCACUACUCGCUGGGGGCCAUAAACUCUCUGCGGCCCAUUCCAUGUCAGAUCUCAUUGGAGGACACUCCCGACCCAAACAGGACUCCAUAAGCUCAAUAGAAGAAAGUGGUGGACCUCACAGGCGUUCCCAGAGCGAGGUGCCAGGCUAUCAGGACGAUGAGGCACACAGUGACCCUUUUACUGAUAUCAGUGACACCCUGCCACAGAAGUAUGCCACGCUCCCACGCAACCGCAACCCAUUUGAGGGGGAGCAAGGGCAGCUGUGGGACCGUGGAGAGCGGAAGGAGAAAAAAGAGAAGGUCAGCUUACUGGAACGCGUGACGGGAAAGAAGGAAGGCCGCAAGACCAGCAACGAGGGCCGAUCAGGCAGCUCUGGAGACCUGCGUUCCCCCAACCCCUUUAGCGGUGACCCACAAGCAGAAACUAACCCCUUCACCUCCAACUACAAAGCCCGUUAUGGAAAGUCCACAGGAAAGGAAGACUUCACCUUUGGCCAGAAGAAGAAGAAGGACAUGCACGGCAAGAAAAAAGAGCUGACAAAGGAAAGCAUGGCGGCCUAUAGCAACUUGUCCUUUGAGGAAGUUGUGCAAGAUCUAAUCAAGCAGAAAGAAGUGGUGAAAAAGAAAGACGCCCACAUCAGGGAGCUGGAAGACUACAUCGACAACCUCCUAGUACGCGUCAUGGAGGAGACGCCAAGCAUACUGCGGACACCCUAUGAGCCAAAAAAGAAGGCUGGUAAACUUAAUAAAAAGUAGUAAGAAGCAAAGGAACAUGAGGAUAAAAAGCUACAAAUGAAGUUGAAGUGGUAGCUCAUGUAUCAGUAUCAUAUGAUAAAAUAAGUGGGAAUAAAUGGUAUUGAUCAAGGCCAAAAUUUAUGAUUGAGCUAUGUUGUAACAUUUUUACUGGUUGGAGGUGGUUCUUAAAGACUUUUUCAAAAGGUUCUGGUUAUUUUAGUUCUUUUAGUUCCCCCCCUCUUUGUUGGACAUUCCUAUACAUCAAUGUUUAAAAUAACUCUGGAUCCUUGCAGUUUAUUUUUAGGUACUUAAACAGGAUAUCUGGUAUUCAUCAUCUAAUUCAAAUCAACUCAAACCCAUAUUUUGUGACAAAGAUGAAGUUUAGCUGUAUUGAAUGCACUUGUGAACCUACAGAGGUCUGUUGCACACACAGCUGCCAUCAUCUGUCCAGAGGCUCUUAAGGUGCAGCCAAAUUCCUGUUUACCAGAUGUAGUUGUGUGCUGUUUGCUGACAGACGGUCGAGUGGUUAAGAUGAAGCUUGGGGUGCUGUGUUUACACUCGAGCACAAGUCUUAAACACGAUGCCUAAAUUGCUACGCACAUUUAGCAGAGGCAGUGUUGAUUUUGUUGCGAGUCUCUUAUUCUGAGGCCGUUCGCAGCAGAUGUGCAUGAACUCUGCUCUCCUGAGUGAUUUAUAGGGAUUCUUAGAAAGAGAGUUAUGAUAAGAAGUUUCUGGACAGUAUCUGGUUUCUCUCUAGCUUUCUGACGCUUUUUUCUUUAAUGAACAAACGUACAUCCCUUUUAUUGUUUUCUGAUUUUACAUUCUUUAUUUUAUCUGUGACGACUAUCAAAUAACUUUCUUGGACAGAGGAUCUCGUAUUCACUCGUUGAGCGUAAUCGUUUUACUUAAGCUUUAAGUGCAAUAAUCAUGACCUAAGCAUUUUGUGUUAUAUAUUCUGCUGGUAAUGCUCUUGUUUACAUUUUAAUCACAUCUCUUAAUAUUGAUUUGAUUCUUUAGAAAUGCUUGGGAUUUCUUUGUUACUGCCUACAUUGAUUUACAUGCCUUUAUUUCUUCCAAAUACAGUUUUAGCUGAAAAUUGUACUUAAGGCACUGAGAUGCACAUGUGCAUAUUUUCUGAACAAGCUUUAUUUAUAUAAGUAGCUCAUAGCACAUUUACAUAUGAAUCUUUUUUUAAUGUAUUUGUAAUGUACGCUACAGUAUCCCAAUCCCACCUGUCUCACAACCUGUUCUACUGUAACAACACUUUAUAGUUAGUAUAAAUCUAAAAAGAAACACUUUCAUAUGUUAUGGACUUACAGAUACACUUUUUUAUGUGUAAUUCACAUUAGCAUUAAUAUGUUUAGCAUUAAUGAAAAUCUUAUAACAGCUUCAUAGUGUUCUGCUAUUUGUUUUUCCAUUACCAAAACAGUCCAAAUUCAUAUACAAUAAAACGGUCUUUAAGUUUACAGAGUAAUUCAUUUAUAAUCGUUUUUUAAGGUAAACAGCCAAUCACCCAAGGCACUGACAGUCUAUAUUAUGUUGCCUGUCCUCAUUUCACAGUUUGGUGUCAUCUCAUACAUCGCCUCAGUCUAUGAUACUAAUGCCAUAACAACACAUGUUGUUUCCAUGUUAAACAGCGCUCUGUCAUUUUGUUGAUUUCUCAGUUCCUACUGAACUAAUGUUAUGCUGACCUAUGGAGCAGCUGUGGAAUCACACUACUGGUACUAAAAUGAACUGCACGACUACCUUUUUAGGUUUCAGUCUCACAAAGAGACCGUUCCUUGUCGAUGUUCAACAAUAGAAUAGUCAUUUAAUGAUGUUUGGGUUUACAUUUUUAAUUUGUUUAUUUUUCCUUCCUGGAAAGCAGCUUCAUGAACAGUGUUAAAUAUGCUUUGUAUUAUCGCAGUUACUGGACUUUACUGAAAGUUGCACACCAUUUGUAAUGAUUUAUUUACAAUCUCUAUUAGAUGAUGAUCUUCCUUGUCCUGUUGCUGGUAUUAAUUCUGCUUUUUUAUAUCUGUUUAGUAAUUACUUUCCAAUCUAAAGUCUUCUGACCUUUACACUGUACGAUACCAAAUCACAGGUGAGACAAAGUGCUACACUUUCUCUACGGAAUGUCAGAAACAACUCGGUUUUUAAUUUUUUAUGAAUGUUGCACCAAUGAGAAACACAUAUUGUCUUGUGCUGAUUAUUAUAAUUUCCUGCUGCUUUGAUAGAAGUUAUUUCCUCUGAAGGUACGUCAUCUCUUUUCUGGACUUGAAGCCUAAAUCUCGUCACUGAAUGUAUUCUGGUAGGGUUUGAAACGCAUCAUCCUGAAAUGUGUAAUGUACAGAACAAUAAUCAGGCCAAUUGAACCUUGCUUGCCUUUGAAGUAUUUGGUGUAUCCAAAGAGAUCAUUUCAUGGGUGAUUUUCUUUUUCUUUCUUAGUUCUUCAUUUAAGCGGACAAAACUUUAUUCUGGACAUGAAGUUACUGUACAUACAUUUCGUGUGAUGAUGUGUCAUAAAUGUUGGGGAAAUUCCUUUGUACUGGAAAAAGGUAAUUAGAUCUACACUUAUUUUUUGUAAAGCCUAAAAAGUUUGAAUCAGUUUGUAAAACCCUGAGUAUUAUGAUACUAAUUAAGAAGAUAUGUGGACAAGAAUCUGUUUCCCAUUGUGGAAAGACUUCUCACUGAAUGCCUUCCUCCAUGUGUUGAAGUGUAAACUGUCUACUCAUGUUACAGGCUUUAACAACCGCUUUAACUAGUCUGUUUUUUUAUUGUUAACCAGUUGUUCAUGGACCUUGCUGAGCUCUUCAUACUUUUGAGCGUAGUUACCUCACCUACCUUGACUUCUUGCACACUGUUAAACGUUUGAAAAUGUGCUUCCUGGGGAUAUUCUGAUUAUUCAAAUGUCAUUUAAUUGAAAUUUCAAAAGUUGGAAUUAAAGUAUUUGCUUGGUUAAAUUGACAUUUACAAACUUUGAUUUAAUUGCCGUACUCAGGCUUUUUUAGUAGAUUUUAUUUCUUUUGUCACUAUGGGUAAUUUCACUUGCUAAAAGAACAUAUAUUUCUGGAAGUGCCAUUUUAGUUGUGGUGAUAUUGUGCAUCAUAAGAGAAAACGGAGCAGGUGAUUUACACCCAUGUCUCCAAUGUUCUCCCUUCGCUUUGCUUGAAUGAUGAAAUUACAAAAGAUAAGGCCUGAGAACAUUUGACGUUGAAUACAUUUGGACCCUGAGGUUAUUUAGUUCAAAUGAAAAAUGAGGGGUGAGUACUUCGAAUUAAUUAAUUUUCCCUGCCAUUUUUAUUCUUUUAGCUUGAUUGCUACAUUUGCUUUAUGCUUUAAUAUAAUUUGGUUCUUUAGUAGAUGUCAGUCUGACACACAAAUCUAAAUGAAAAGCAUUUUCAAAUCAUUUUGAGCACAACAGUGCAAUGUAAAGCGGUACACAAAAAGCCUGCAUCAUUAUUAUAGUUCUUCCUUGCCUCUUUGCAUAACAUUUGUCAUACAAUUAAUGGCGGUGUCUAAAUAUGCAAAGCACUGAACAUGCUUGGAGGCAAAAUUUCCUAAAAGAUUGGGCUCAUAUAAUAAUUUAAGUUAUAGAGACUGUUGCACACGCAUUAACUAAGUGUUGUAGGUGAGUGUCCGCCCCAUCCCAAAAAAUAAAAAACAGUACAUACCUAUGGUGAAAUGUAUUUUCCCCCAUGUUGACGAAGCAUGCAUUGAACCUUUUGAUGAAGAUGACAUAAAGCUGAAGUCGGAUCUCACAAUCCUCCUCUGGCAGUCUUUUUAAGUCCUCUGCUGAUAAUAUGAUGCUGCUUGCCAUAGGCCACAUACAGCUGCCAGACACUAAGACUUAAGUCCCAGCUAAAUCCCCUGACGGUGCUUGUAAUGUGGCACACAGUUUUGAAGGAAAUGAUGACUGUGUUUAUAAAAGAUCUUGCCAGUUAGCAAAGCUUCAUUGAGUUUACAGAAUUGUAUGGAGGCUGGCGCUCGGAGGCCAACACAAUUGAACAUGUGUGCUGAGUUUAGUGCCGCAACAUGGCGAAGACCUAAAAUUAAACAUGUUGGUCUACCAGUGAAGGCAGUGGAGUCGCAGUGGUACCGAUUCUUGCAGCUCAUUCAGGUUCAUGCCUUGUAAUGUAACAACUUAAAGUAAAUCUGUGUAUUUGGAAUAUUCUUAUCUCUGCAUGUCGAUCAAUGGUUUUUGUUAUGCAACACUUUGUAUAAUUGCAAAAUGAUGUGACAUUCUCCUGAUCUAGAAAACAUCAAUUCCACUAAAUUGGGUUUGUUUUAAACCAGCCCCCAUCACACAACCUUGUAUGUAUUUAACUCUGAACUGUUCUUUGUGUACAGAUGUACCUUUUUCAAAUAAGGAAUUAAUGAAGAGUUUAUUUUAAUUUAAUCUUUUUCAUAUUUUCCCAUGAUAGCGAAUAUGCAAGACUUUCAUACCUGGAUGUUUGGGGACAAGAAUGUAUGGCUUUUAUAUUAUGUAGUUCUGGAAACACAAUGGGGUCUAAAUGCUGUAUUAUGACAACAGUGUAAUGCUGUUAAUGGCGAUUGUAUGUAAAGUGCCAACAAACGCACUAAUUCAUAAGAAAUUGGUGAUUCACUCACUCUCAAUGUGCUAAAUUUUGAAACAUUUACUUUUACAUAUUGUCAUCACUAUGAUUAUGAUUAUUAAAUUCCAAUGUUUCACUGAA